AUGUCGACCGUCGUCAUUAAGGCGCCGAACCUGCGCAAGCUUCUCGCGGAGCAGCGGGAGAUGUUGCCGACGCUGCCGCAGCCACCCAGCCCGAUCGCCACGUACCUGGCGGCGCCUGUGCUCCCCCUCACCAGCGUGUACCACGCGCGGGGGCGCGUCGAGGAGAGUCCCGUGCGAGGGCGCGGCGACGAGGAGGGAGAGGCGGCGCCCGAGCGGCGUCCCUCGCUGCUCACCGACCUCCUCAACGCCGCGUCGCGGGUGAGCCUCGACGUGGAGAAGACGCUCGACUUGACGUGCCAGGUGCUCUCCAGGGCCCGCUGCCGCUCCUCGGACCUCAGCGACAACGCGCGGGAGUCGCUGGGGCGAGUUAUGGAGCUCGGCGCGUGUUUCAACGCGCUGCCGCCACCACCACCCACGACGUCGUCGUCGCCAGAGAACUAA